AAUCCAGUUUUUAUAUUCUCUUUCACAUUGAAGAAAUUGUGAUAGUCAAGAGAGGAUGGACAAAAAAUAAGACUUCAGACUGACAACCAUAGAAUUGGUUUCAUAUACAUCAUUAUUAUAUACAGAGGCUUGCUUAUGCAUUCACUUGUUCUUUCAUCAUCAGUCUUUUGACUUUUGUGGGUGUUGAGUUGGUUUAAUCACAUAACGCAUAUUUUUUAGUCUACAAUAAUGUGAAUGACAAGAAAUUGAGGGCUCAUCUCACUAUAAUUAAUUUCAGCUCAACCAUUAUCCUAAAUAUAUACUUUUGUUUUGUUUUAUGACAUAGAUGUUGAUAACUAUAUUCCACACCUACUAAUUUUAUAGUAAAUAUAUUACUCAUAAUUCAAAAAAACCCUAAUAAAGAAAAAAGAAAAAAAGAAUUGACAAUGUAUUAAAUUGCAGCUUCCUGUAUAAUUAUUUUAAGUAUGUCCAUUAAUUAGGCAAAUUCAAAUUAAUAAAUUGCUAUAAGAUUAUGGAACAUUUAUAAUUGGAUCAAAGGUCAACUGUCCCUGUAAAUUAAUUCAACGCAUUUAUUUACAUAUGGUUAUCAAUUAAGUCAUCUUAGCUUCAUAUGCAACUUUCACUUUCCGUAUAUAAAUAUUACUUUUCCAGUCUCUCCAUUUCCAUGAACAUAUACCAAAAAUGAAGUGGAAUUAUUUUCUUUCUUCUGUCAUUAUUCUCUGCGCUACUAGCUUACCAUGGCUGCAAGCUGACGCUGCUUCAGGAAAUGAUACUGAUAGACUUGCUUUGCUCAAACUUAAGGAAGGGAUUACUAGUGAUCCAAAUCAUGUCCUGAAUUCAUGGAAUGAUUCUGUUCCUGUCUGUGAAUGGUUUGGAAUCACCUGCAGUCCCCAGCAUCACAGAGUCACAUCCUUUGUGUUAGAGGGGCAGAAUUUAUUUGGAUCAAUUUCACCAUUUAUUGGUAACCUGAGUUUUCUCAGGUUUAUCAACCUCCAAAACAACAGUAUACAUGGUGAAGUUCCCCAAGAAGUUGGCAGGUUAUUUCGACUGCAGGAAUUGCUCCUCAUCAACAAUACUUUACAGGGUGAAAUUCCAAUCAAUCUAACACGUUGUUCUCAACUCAGGGUGAUUGGUUUGCUAGGGAAUAAUCUAUCAGGGAAGAUCCCAGCAGAACUUGGUUCUUUGUUAAAGCUUGAGGUGCUUUCGCUUAGUAUGAACAAACUGACAGGAGAAAUCCCAGCUUCCUUGGGCAACCUUUCGUCGCUUACCAUCUUCCAAGCAACAUACAACAGUCUAGUGGGAAAUAUUCCACAAGAAAUGGGCAGAUUAACAAGUUUAACAGUUUUCGGCGUUGGAGCUAAUCAACUAUCUGGUAUAAUCCCUCCAUCCAUUUUUAACUUUUCAUCUGUGACAAGGCUUCUCUUUACCCAGAACCAACUGAAUGCGAGUCUGCCAGACAAUAUACACCUCCCAAAUCUCACAUUCUUUGGCAUUGGUGAUAACAAUUUAUUUGGGUCAAUACCAAAUUCAUUGUUCAAUGCCUCUAGAUUAGAAAUAAUUGAUCUUGGUUGGAACUACUUUAAUGGACAAGUCCCAAUUAACAUAGGAAGUCUUAAAAAUCUCUGGAGAAUAAGACUUCAUGGAAACAAUCUAGGAAGUAAUUCAAGUAGUGACUUGGCUUUUCUUACCUCUCUGAAUAACUGUACUAAGCUGAGAAUCUUGGAUUUUGGUAGAAACAAUUUUGGUGGUGUUUUACCUAAUUCUGUGGCUAAUUUGUCAACUGAACUCAGUUUAUUUUAUUUUGGGCGCAAUCAAAUCAGAGGCAUAAUUCCUGCAGGGUUAGAAAAUCUCAUAAACUUAGUCGGACUAGUCAUGCACUAUAACCUUUUCACUGGUGUAGUACCCUCCUAUUUUGGUAAGUUUCAGAAAUUACAAGUUUUGGAUUUAUUUGGAAACAGGUUGUCAGGUCGCAUUCCAUCCUCCUUAGGUAACCUAACUGGGUUGUCUAUGCUGUACUUAUCAAGAAACCUAUUUGAAGGAAGCAUUCCUUCAAGUAUUGGAAACUUGAAAAAUUUGAAUACUUUGGCCAUUUCGCACAAUAAACUUACUGGAGCCAUUCCCCAUGAAAUUCUAGGCCUUACUUCUUUAUCACAAGCAUUAGAUUUAUCUCAAAACUCAUUAACCGGCAACUUACCUCCAGAAAUAGGGAAACUAACUAGCUUGACAGCAUUAUUCAUCUCUGGAAACAAUCUAUCAGGUGAAAUUCCUGGAAGCAUUGGAAAUUGCUUGAGCCUGGAAUAUCUUUACAUGAAAGACAAUUUCUUUCAAGGAACCAUUCCGUCCUCAUUGGCUUCCCUGAAAGGCCUUCAAUAUGUAGAUCUUUCGGGAAAUAUCCUGACAGGGCCAAUUCCUGAAGGUCUACAGAGCAUGCAAUACUUAAAGAGUCUAAAUCUUUCUUUCAAUGAUCUUGAGGGUGAGGUACCGACUGAAGGAGUAUUCAGAAAUUUAAGUGCUUUAUCACUAACUGGAAACAGUAAGCUUUGUGGUGGAGUACCGGAACUCCAUUUGCCAAAAUGUCCCAAGAAGGUGAAGAAAGAGCAUUCUCUUAUGCUCAAGCUAGCUAUCAUUAUUCCUUGUGCAGCUUUAUGUGUGGUUUUGAUCUUAGCCUUUCUUCUCCAGUACAGUAAGAGAAAAUCAGAUAAGAAGUCAUCUUCAUCAAUAAUGAACUACUUCAAGAGAUCAUCUUCUUCAUCGUUAAUGAUCAACCGUAUUCUUUUGAAGCUAUCUUACAGAGACCUCUGUCGAGCCACAAAUGGGUUUGCCUCUGAAAAUCUAAUUGGCACUGGAAGCUUUGGUUCUGUGUAUAAAGGAUUUCUAGAUCAAGUUGAAAGACCGGUUGCUGUUAAAGUCCUGAAGCUUGAACAAACAGGCGCUUCCAAGAGCUUUAUUGCUGAAUGCAAAGUGUUACAGAAUAUCAGGCACAGGAAUCUUGUUAAGAUGUUGACAUUUUGCUCUAGCAUAGAUGAGAAACUUAACGAAUUCAAAGCUCUUGUCUUUGAGUUGAUGGAAAAUGGGAGUUUAGAGUCGUGGUUGCAUCAUGACACCAACAGCGACAACCAGUCAAGGAAUUUGAGCUUUCUUCAGAGACUAGAUAUUGCAAUCGAUGUUGCAUCUGCCUUGCACUAUCUUCAUGACCUCUGCAAAAGACCAAUCAUUCACUGCGACUUGAAGCCGAGCAAUGUUCUCCUAGAUGAUGAUAUGGUUGCCCAUGUAUGUGAUUUCGGUCUAGCAAGGCUCCUCUCAACUUCAAAUGCUUCGUCUGAAAGUCAAUUCAGCACAGCUGGAAUCAAGGGAACAAUUGGUUAUGCUGCUCCAGAGUAUGGAAUCGGCUGUGCAGCAUCCAAAGAAGGGGAUGUAUAUAGCUUUGGAAUCCUGUUACUAGAGAUAUUUUCAGGAAGAAAACCAACCGAUGAAAUGUUCAAAGAUGGUUUAAAUCUGCAUGACUUUGUGAAGGCAGCAUUGCCACAAAGACUUGUGCAGAUUGUAGACCAAAGCCUUCUUGCAGCAGAAAUACAAGAAACGAAUGCAUUAAGACUCUCGACUGACGAGGAAGAUCAUCAGAAUCUAAUGAAGGAAGGUGAAUAUACAAACAUGAGUUGGCUGAGAGCAGAUAUAGAAAACUGUUUAUUUUCCAUUCUUGUAAUUGGGCUAAACUGUUCAUCAAGCUCACCCAGAGGAAGAAUGAGUAUGAAAGAUGUCACUAGACAACUACAUUUGAUCAAGAAUGCUUUUCUUGACGGAAGCAGAUCAAGCACAGAGGAACCAUGAUAGGAGCACAUAGCCAUGUACCAUAUUGCUGAAGCAGUCAAAUCCCACUGCUACCUAUUUUCUGGUGUCAAAUGCAUUCUUGAGAUUUCCGUUGUAAUAUAAUUUACUACUUUCAUGUUAUUAACAAUCAAAUUAUUAAGAAAAAUGUUUGAUGUAAUUUAAUUUGUUACUUCAAGCCUUGACUGGUUGGCGAUUGGAAUUUGUAUCUCACAUGAAUUUCUGCAUGCAUAAUUUAAAAGUCUAGUUCAUGGCCCAAA